AUGUGUACACCCAGUAUAUCAGCCUCAAAAGCUGUUACCACUCCUAAUUCAGCUCUGGAGCUGCCCCUAACUGAGGAAAAUGUUGAAACUGUACUAGAUGAAGUGCGGCCAUACUUAAUGGCUGAUGGGGGUAACGUUGCCAUACACGAAAUUGAUGGUAAUGUUGUUCGUUUGAAGUUACAAGGAGCAUGUGGAUCCUGUCUGAGUUCUGUAACGACCAUGAAAUUGGGUAUCGAGCGCCGGCUUAUGGAAAAGAUUCCUGAGAUAGUUGCAGUUGAAGCAGUUCCUGAUGAAGAAACUGGCCUUGAGCUAAACAAAGAAAACAUAGAAAACGUGCUUGCGGAAUCCAACUAUUCAAACAAUUGA